AUGAGACCAACACAUUUUGCUCUUUUUCACACAAACAUUUUAUCCUUGGCUAUUUCAAAGUUUAAUCAUCAAGAUGACAUUUUUAAAUGUUUGCUUGUGAAUUCCUCAUGGGCAAAGAUUGUCGUAAGAGUAUUAUGGAAAUCACCAAUAUGGAGAACAAAGAAAUCCUAUCAAAAAUUCCUAAGUUCAUUAAUAAAACCGAAAACAAAAUAUCCCUAUGGUGAAUUCGUGGAGAAAUUAAUUUUUACCACGCAUCCAACAAUUUCUUCAUUCCCAUUUACAAUUCAAAGUUUAGAUUUAAUAUCUGAACGAUGCAUAAAUACGAAAUUCUUAAUUUUCGAUUGUCAAAAAUCAUUAUCACUUGAUUACAAUGAUUAUUUUCCACCCGAAGUAUUAUCAAUGUUUUUAACAAGAUGUUCCAAAUUAAUAUAUUUAAAAGGACCAAGAUUUACUACAGUGGAUUGGAUGAUUUCUGCUUUACGACCAAUUCAACAAGGAAGUUGUCCAAAUUUAAAAUCUUUAAACAUGUCUUGGGAUUGGAGAGAUUCUUCUUUAAAUAAUUUAUUUUACGAUAUAGGUUUACAUUGUCAACAGAUUACUUCAUUAAAUAUUACUACUGAUAUAAAUGAUAAAAGAACUGCUGAAAUUAUUGUAGAUUCUUUUCCUCUUCUGGAAAAAUUCAGUUGUCUUACUAUAAAUUAUUUAUCCUUGAGAAUAAUUAUUAAUGGAUGUCGUCACUUAAAUUUUAUGAAAUUGGAAUUUUCCCCCGAAUUAAAUGAUGAUUAUGCUCUCACUUUAGCUAAUGCUUUUCCUUCAUUGAAUUCAUUUACAUUAAUUCGUGGAUGGUUGGAUUUACCAAAAUUUUUUAAAGCGUGGGCAAUAAAUCAAAAAAAAUUGAGACAUAUUGAAUUCUUGGAUUAUAGUCACUUAUCUUUUGAAAUGUUUCAACCCAUAAUACAAUUAUGUACAAAUUUGGAAUCUAUAAAAUUAGGAAAUUGUGAUAGAAUAACUGAUAAUUCAAUAACUUAUCUCGCCAAACACCGAGGACGAAAUUUGAAACAUCUUUCUCUUCAUUAUGCAAAUGAAAUUACUGAUAUUGGAAUUAAUUCAAUUUCCGAACAUUGUAGAUUUUUACAAACAUUAAAUAUAUUCGAAUGUCCCAAAAUUACCGCGGAUUCUAUAAUUAAUAUUAUAAAAAGAUGUAGAUUUUUAGUAGAAUUAUCAGGAAAUUAUUCUGUUACCAUGAUUUCACCCAUAAUUCAAAGUAUUAUUUCGGUUGGUUCUCCAAAAUUAGAAAUAUUUAGUCAUUCGCUACUAAGUUUAAAUAUUUCUCAUGUGAGACGAACAGUUAAUAGUAAUACGUUGGCAAAGUUGGGUCGAAAUUUACCGAAAUUAAGGAAAUUUGAUAUUCGUUAUCCAAUCAAAGGGAUAAAUCCAAAGAUAUUAGAGUCACAUCCCAGAUUAAAGGAAAUAUGGUUUUUAACCCAAGAAAAUUCUAAGGUGGAACAAUAUGUUCGUGAAAGAUCAAAUGCCAAUGUGAUUGGUGUGCAUAUCAUUCUGGGAAUACUUUAUAGUGAAGAAGAAUUUUAA